UUUUCGGAAGUUUGUUAUGGCUCGCACCAAGCAGACGGCCCGCAAGUCCACCGGCGGCAAGGCGCCGCGCAAGCAGCUGGCCACCAAGGCGGCCCGCAAGAGCGCGCCGGCCACGGGCGGCGUGAAGAAGCCGCACCGCUACCGGCCCGGCACGGUGGCCCUGCGCGAGAUCCGCCGCUACCAGAAGUCCACGGAGCUGCUGAUCCGCAAGCUGCCGUUCCAGCGGCUGGUGCGCGAGAUCGCGCAGGACUUCAAGACCGACCUGCGCUUCCAGAGCUCGGCCGUGAUGGCGCUGCAGGAGGCGUGCGAGGCCUACCUGGUGGGGCUCUUCGAGGACACCAACCUAGCACUUUUUUUCGCGAUGUCUGGGCGUGGUAAAGGCGGGAAGGGCCUUGGCAAAGGAGGCGCUAAGCGUCACCGCAAAGUUCUACGCGAUAACAUUCAAGGUAUUACUAAGCCCGCUAUUCGGCGUUUGGCUCGUCGUGGGGGCGUCAAGCGCAUUUCCGGUCUCAUUUAUGAGGAGACCCGCGGGGUGCUGAAGGUGUUUCUGGAGAACGUGAUUCGCGACGCAGUGACCUACACCGAGCACGCCAAGCGCAAGACGGUCACGGCCAUGGACGUGGUCUACGCGCUUAAGCGCCAAGGACGCACUCUCUACGGCUUCGGCGGCUAAGCUUCCGCUGAUCGCCUCGCUUAACACGGCAAACCUCAA